GGUGGUGGUGGUGAGUACUUCAAGGUCUACUCAGGCCUGUAGGAAUCCACGAAGACGACCCCCGCACCGACUGCAAACACCCGCAUUUUGUCCGCAAUUUGUUCAUUUCCAAGCGCCGUGAGAAGGAGCCACCAUGCCUACCAUACUGGGUACCGUCGCCAAGCAGCUCAAGAGCCACCCCGCGUUAAUCCCCCUCUUCGUCUUCAUUGGUGGAGGAACAACCAUGAGCAUGUUGUACUUGGCCCGACUUGCUCUGAAGAACCCAGAUGUCUCAUGGGAUCGUACCAACAACCCUGAACCCUGGAACAAAAUGGACGUCACUCAGCAGUACAAACUUUUCACAGUGAACAUGGACUACUCCAAGCUGAAGAAGGACAGGCCUGACUUCUAGAUCAGCGUCAUGCUGACAGCUUUAAUCUGUGUGUUCUUUCAGUGUGCCGAACCUUUGCACUUUUACCAAGUAUCACUUUCAAUAAAUCAAUAAAUAAAUUACAGAGUGAUGAGUGAUUGUGAUGGCGCAAGGGAGGGAUCAUACACAACUGUCAAAUCAGUUUCUGUAUGGCUAAAGCAGGCCACAUCCUGUUUUACUGAACAAGCAAAGUAUUUUUGUCUGUGAUAUGUUGUAAUUUAUUAAAGUGAUCUCAACUAUC